UUGCGGAGGAGAAGAGGGGGUCCCUAUAAAACGGAACCUGCUACGGACCUCACCCGCUGGCGCCUGAGUAAUGAAGAGGGUCGGCAGCGAUGGCAUUAUCUGGAGGACGGCGAGGAUUGUAGCUGGGAACAGAGUGCGCUGGAAGCCCACUCUCUAGGGCUGGACACGAGUAAAGUCUUCCUAGUCUUACCUCAGGCCUGUACCGCACAGGAGGCGGCAGCAAACGGAAUGAAGUUUUAUUCUCGCCUCCAAGCUGAGGAUGGCCACUGGGCUGGGGACUAUGGUGGGCCUCUCUUCUUGCUGCCAGGGCUCCUGAUUACGUGCCACGUUGCCAAGAUCCCGCUGCCUGAAGAGAGCAGGAAGGAAAUGGUGCGCUACUUGCGUUCUGUGCAGCUCCCAGACGGCGGAUGGGGCUUGCAUAUUGAGGACACAUCCAAGGUGUUUUGUACCGCUCUCAACUACAUUGCCAUGCGGCUUCUGGGAGUCAGUCCUGAUGAUCCGGAUGCAGUUCGGGCUCGGAACAACCUCCACAGCAAAGGUGGUGCUGUGGGAAUCCCUUCUUGGGGUAAAUUUUGGCUGUCUGUCUUGAAUGUCUAUAGCUGGGAAGGCAUGAAUACACUUCUCCCGGAAAUGUGGCUGUUUCCUUCCUGGAUGCCGGGCCAUCCUGCCUCUCUCUGGUGCCACUGCCGUCAAGUCUAUCUGCCCAUGGCCUACUGCUAUGCCGUGCGCCUGACCGCAGCAGAGGAUGAACUGGUCCUGAGCCUCCGACAAGAACUGUAUGUACAAGACUAUUACAGCAUCGACUGGCCAUCGCAGAGAAAUAACGUGGCUGCAUGUGACAUUUAUACCCCACACAGCUGGCUACUAAACGUUGUCUAUGCAAUAUUCAACACUUAUGAGAGUUACCACAGCAAAACUCUGAGAAACCAAGCCGUGGAAGAACUCUACGAUCACAUCAAGGCCGACGACCGAUUCACCAAGUGCAUCAGCAUUGGCCCUAUAUCGAAAACCAUCAACAUGCUAGCUCGCUGGUAUGUGGAGGGGGAUCAGUCUUCUGCCUUUCGAGAGCACAUCUCCAGAAUCCCUGACUACCUCUGGCUGGGACUGGAUGGCUUGAAGAUGCAGGGUACCAAUGGAUCACAGGUUUGGGAUACAGCAUUUGCAGUCCAAGCUUUCCUGGAGGCUGGUGCUCAAAAGAAGCCUGAAUUUACUUCCUGUCUGCAAGAUGCACACACGUUCCUCCGAAUCACUCAGAUUCCCGAAAACCCACCUGAUUAUGAGAAGUACUACCGCCAAAUGAACAAGGGUGGAUUUCCCUUUAGCACCCGCGACUGUGGCUGGAUCGUGGCUGACUGUACGGCGGAAGGGCUGAAGUCUGUGAUGCUGCUUCAGGAAAAAUGCCCAUUCAUAAAGCAGCAUAUCCCACCAGAGUCCCUCUUCGACGCUGUCAAUGUGUUGCUGAACAUGCGGAACGCAGAUGGUGGCUUUGCUACUUAUGAAACGAAGCGUGGGGGCUGGCUGUUGGAACUGCUGAACCCUUCGGAGGUCUUCGGUGAUAUCAUGAUAGACUACACAUAUGUUGAAUGCACCUCGGCAGUGAUGCAGGCACUAAAGCAUUUCCAUGAGAGGUUUCCUGAGCACAGAACGCAUGAGAUCAGGGAAACGCUACAGAAGGGUUUGCAGUACUGCCGGAAUACACAGAGGGCUGACGGCUCCUGGGAAGGGAGCUGGGGGGUUUGCAUCACCUAUGGCACCUGGUUUGCUUUGGAGGCAUUUGCUUGUGUUCAGCACACCUAUCAGGACGGAGUGGCCUGCAAGGAAGUGUCCCGGGCUUGUGAGUUCUUGGUCUCCAAACAAAUGGAGGAUGGUGGUUGGGGAGAGGACUUUGAGUCUUGCGAACAGCGCCGAUACGUCCAGAGUGCCACCUCCCAGAUCCACAACACUUGCUGGGCUCUUCUGGGGCUCAUGGCUGUUAGGUAUCCAGAUGUGCAAGUCCUGGAAAGAGGGAUCAAAGUGUUGAUUGACAAGCAGCUUCCCAAUGGGGACUGGCCACAGGAGAACAUCUCUGGAGUAUUCAACAAGACCUGCGCUAUCAGCUACACUUCGUACCGAAAUGUCUUUCCUAUUUGGGCCCUUGGACGGUUUUCUCACCUGCAUCCUUCCAGCCCACUGGCUGGCAAGUGUUUGACUGAGGAAAUGAAGAAACAGCCAAUGGGUACAGAUGUCCUGCCCGCUCCAACUAAGCUGGCUUCCUGAUUAGAUCUUUCUGUGAAAUUUCUCAACCACAGGACUUUUGAGGAUGACUAAAAGGCUCUGCUUGGUUCUUAAAGAAUCAUUGAGGAUAGAGAGCUGAUAGAGGACACUGAAGGCUUCUCCAAACGGCUUGUCCUCCCUGCAAGCUGUGUUGUUGUUUUUUCCUGCUGUGUACUUUUUUGUAUAUAUGCAAACGCACAGUAAGAGGGAGCAAAAAUAGUUUGUACCUGUUGCCAACUAUGCAACCUGCGAGCCAACUGACGUUAAAGGCUUAAAUCCAGAGAUAGCAACUACAGAGAAACAAGAUAGGUGUUUCCUCAAACCUGAAAAAAAACAACUGGGUUUGCAGAAAAAUCUGAAAUCUUAAAAAUAAGAACAAAGCAGGGGUCUUAAGAGUCUCCAAAAUGAUAGAAACAGCUAUUAGUGGCUGUUGCUAGGUAACCUCAGCGUUUCGGGGUUGUGUGUGGCGGUAAGGGGAGUGCUUCUUGAGGUUCAGAACUGUGCCGAUCUUCUUCGUAGUCCCUGUGCAAUCCCACACUUGGGUUUUUAACCCCUCAGUCAAUUUUGUGCACCUCACGUAUUGUGGAGCUUGUCUCUUGUGGGGUGUCUCUGUGUGGUGAUGGCAACUGAGUCUAGUUUUUAAAAUAACUGAGGUAAAUAAAGAACUUUUCUCACA